AUGUCUCUCUCACAGCUACCUCUCACGAUUAUUGUCGCGGCGACGGCGAAGAAUGGUAUCGGCAAGAACAACGGUCUGCCUUGGCCGAUGCUCAAGAAGGAUAUGGCAUUCUUUGCUCGCGUCACGAAGCGCAGCAUACUGUCAGGUGCGAGCCGAAAUGUGGUGAUUAUGGGCCGCAAGACGUGGGAGAGCAUCCCCCCGAAACGAAGGCCUUUGGCGGAUCGGACGAACAUUGUCAUCAGUUCACAGGAUCAUUCGCAGCUAGACGGAGUGUCAGACGACGUAGUGGUUGCUUCUGACAUCUUGUCUGGCUUGAGGUCGCUCGAGCUGUCGAUCAGAGAUGGCAGAGCUUUGCCAGCUGGAAGAAUCUUCGUCAUCGGCGGAUCAAGCAUCUACAAGUCUGCACUGGAACUACCGCAGACCAAUCGCAUUCUUCUCACUCGCAUUGGUAAAGAAUAUGAUUGUGACACCUUCUUUCCUACGAAAUUGGACGAUGCAGCACCCAAGGCUUCUGCAUGGCAACGAGCGGACCAUGCUGCGUUGGUUGACUUCGUAGGCGAAGCCAUUGAGGAAGGCCCGCACCCUCAAUCAGUGGGAGAUGAAGAAGUGACGCUGGACUUCCAACUGUACCAGCGCACGUAG